AUGGAGGGCACCGCAAAUUUGGUGGUGUAUCAUGACGGUGAGAUAAUACGUAAUACUCAUGAGGGAGUGAGGUUUGUGUCCCAGAAUCCGUUUUCGUUUGUGGUUUCAUGCACGAUGACGUUAAUGGAGCUGCAGAACGGCCUAUGUCAAAGCAUGGAGAAUGGUACGUUAAUGAGAGUGAGCAGAAUUCUGUACCGGAAUUCGGUUGUGGUUUUUGGUGGUCUAAUACAGUUUGACACCAUUCCGAUCACGGAUGAAGCGAGUAUGCAGAAUAUGUUUCAAAUUCACCAGCAGACUUAUACGAGACACCCACAGAUUGAGUUGUACAUUGAGUUUGAAGCUGUAGAGGCAGUAGCGGUCCAAAAUGAUAUAGAUGUAAAUGAUGAUAUAGCUGCAGUGUACGAAGGAAUGAAUAGUGAUAGCGAAGAGGACUUCGAAGCCACUUAUGAAGCCGACGACGAAGAUGAGGAUGGUGAUGUGGGAGUUGAGGCAGCAGCAGAGAAUGUAGUGGUGCAUCCGUCGAGCAGUCAAUCGAUGGGCGUUCCACCUUUUAUGCGUGAGUUGGAUCUCGACGCCAUGCAUGCCCCCGAGUUUCCGGAAUAUGCUAACAUAGGAAUUGCUGAUCCUAAGGAUGGAGAGUUCCGAAUUGGAAUGGAAUAUAGUUCUAGAAAGUCGGUUGUCGCAGAAAUUAGAAGUUUCACUAUAUCUAGAGGAGUUGACUAUGAUGUGUAUGAGUCUGAGCCACAGACGUUCUAUGCAAAAUGCAAGAUGUACGGUCGUGGAUGUGACUGGCUUAUCCGAGCCAGCUUGAUACGAAAAAAAGGUUGUUGGGAGAUACGCAGAUACAAUGGUAGGCACACGUGCACGAUCGGAACGAUUUCACAAGAUCAUUCCAAGUUGGACUCGGAUACAGUUGCUGAGGCUAUAAGACCAUUGAUCGAGACGGACCCGUCCAUGAAGUUACCGAAAGGCUUGGUUGGCAAAGCAGAAGUCUGUUGCCAAAGUUUUUGGCGAUUGGGAGGAAUCUUACCAAGCAUUGCCAUGGUGGCUCUCGGUCAUGUGGAGAAGAUUCCUGGUUCAGUUGUCCAAAUAGAAACACGACAACUGUACAACGGAAAUGAGGAGGCACAAGGUGUAAAAAUACAUCAUCGUGUAUUUUGGAGUUUCAAUCCAUGCAUUAGGGCUUUCAGGCAUUGCAAGCCCCUGGUUCAGGUUGACGGCAUACACCUAUACGAAAAAUACAAAGGUACACUUCUAGUCGUUGUUGCACAGGAUGGGAACCAGAACAUUGUGCCUAUCGCCUUUGCCUUGGUGGAAGGUGAGACAGCUGAUGCGUGGCACUUCUUUCUUAGGAAUCUGCGAAUGUAUGUUGUUAGAAAAAACGGUGUGGGUAUGAUCUCAGACCGGCAUGAGUCAAUACGGGCAGCAAUUAAUCAUUCCGGUGGAGACUGGCAACCUCCAAGAGCAUGGUGGAUGUUUUAUAUAAGACACAUCGGCAGUAACUUCUUAAGGGCAUUCAAAGUCCCUCACUUGCAGAAGCUUGUUGUCAACAUAGGGUAUUCAAGAACGGUGGAGGAGUACAACAUCAACUAUAAGAGGUUGGAAGAGCGAGGCGAGGCAUAUGCUAGGUGGUGCGAUGCCAUCGGACUCAGACAUUGGGUAUUGGCAUUCGAUGAGGGACAUCAAUGGGGCCAUAUGACAACGAACCUUGUCGAGUGCAUUAACUCAGUGUUGAAGGGUGCCCGUAAUCUACCUGUGUUGGCGCUGGUCCGAGCAACAUAUUAUAGGUUAAAUGAACUCUUUACGCGGAAGAGUGCCGAGACUCAUGAACGCAAGCGUGCUGGAUUUAUGUACUCUGCAUUUGCGCAACAGCGGAUAGAAGCAAGUAUGCAACAGGCUGGGAAUAUAGUUGUGCACCGCUUUGAUAGACGAAAUGAGGUGUUUGAGGUGCGUGAAAUGACUACUGAAAAGCGUCUCGAUUGGCAGUUGUAUAUACAUGAUGUGUACAAGAUGACGGAAGUUCGUAAGGUAUAUAGAUUUGAGUUCACAUCGUUAGGAGAUCCCGAGACAUGGCCUGCUUAUGAGGGAUCCACAUUGGUGGCUAAUCCCGCGCUGAGGCGAACGUCUAAAGGCAGGCCCAAACUAACCCGAUACUUGAAUGAAAUGGACUCACGUGACAUGCGUGGUCCUCGGAUAUGCCGUCUCUGUGGUGCUCAGGGUCAUAGUCGGAGUAGGUGUCCGCAGCGUGCUGGACCGAGUGGUGCUGGUUCAUAG